AUGGCCCCGGCGAGAAACAACCCAUCUAACAAGGGGCAUGGGAAGCGUCAAAAUGGCAAGCCCAACGGUUUCAAGCCUGCGCAACCUCAAAAUCGCAAUGCCCCAAGACCUGCAAGACCUGCGAGACCAGAAAAACCAGACCCCCAACCCGUGGUCGAUAGUCCUUUCAUACCUGAAGUCCCAAAAGACACACCUCGAUUCUCUGACCUGGAGGGAAAGAACCUCUUAGACCCCAUCGUUCUCAAGACUCUGACGGAGGAUAUGAAUUUCGACCACAUGAUGCCUGUUCAAGCAGCUACAUUGGAGCCACUACUGGAGGGAAAGGAUUGUCUAGCGCAGGCAAAGACUGGAACAGGCAAGACGCUUGCUUUUCUACUCCCUGCCAUACAAACAAUCUUGAAGAACAGAACACCACGAUUCUCUGCACUUGUGUUAUGUCCUACUCGAGAACUUGCUCUUCAGAUCGCGGCUGAGGCACAGAAAGUUCUCUCCAGGUUACCACGAUGCAAGGUCGCCACCUCGAUUGGAGGCACAAACAAGGUGACUGAGCAGAAUAGAAUCCGCAAUGGCUGUGAUAUCCUGGUUGCAACUCCCGGUAGACUUUUGGACCACCUCAGUGAAGAAUGGGUACAGGAAAUGCUUGGAACCACUCAAACUCUUGUGUUGGACGAGGCAGAUAGAAUGGUCGACAUGGGUUUUUUGCCGGAUAUGAAGAAGAUACUCAGCUAUCUUCCCACUGCUCCGCGACAUACCAUGUUAUUCUCUGCUACGAUCGAUGAUCAACUCACCAAUGUCGCCCGUCUCUUCUUGGGCAACGGAUAUCAAUACAUCUCAACUAUCCCUGAAGGAGAAGCAGGUACCCACGAACGUGUCGAUCAAUACCUUGUCUCAACACCUGGCUUCUCAGACCAUGCCCCAUCGCUCGUCUCUGUGGUGAAAACAGAGCUUGCUGUUUCUCGACCCUUCAAAGCCAUUGUCUUCGCCCCGACUGCAGCACUGGCUGAUUUCUUCGGCGCGGUCUUAGCUUCUAUGGAUGGCCUACCCCAGGUCUCUGUGCUGCAUUCCCGUAUGUCUCAGAGCAAACGAACCAAGCUCACGGCGGAUUUUCGCACCGCGGUGGACGCAAUCUUCGUGGCAACCGAUGUUGUUGCUCGUGGCAUGGAUUUCCCUGCGGUGACUCAUGUGUUCCAAGUCGGUCUCCCAACCGAUCGAGAAACAUACAUCCAUCGCUUAGGUCGUACUGCACGUGCAGGUGCAGAGGGUCGUGGCAUUCUUGUCUUGAGCUCAGUGGAGAAGGCUUUCCUGAGACAAUUGAAAGGGAUCAAAGUUAAGGACUACCCUACCGAAGUGCAAUUCACCGUUCAGGACGUGCAACCUGCCUUGGCGAAGAUGGACCCAGAGAUGAAAUCAAAGGCGUAUCAAUCAUGGAUAGGCUAUCAUAAGACGUCCAUGAAGUUACUAGGAUGGUCCGCUGAGGAGCUGGUCGCUGAAGCAAAUAUCUUCGCAAAAUAUGGACUUGGUUGUCCCGAGGUGCCCGGUCUGUACAAGCGAGUCAUUGGCAAAAUGGGAUUGAAAGGAGUCAAAGGCUUAGUGGCGCUGCCCAAUCCGCCCGGCUCUAACGAUCCAGGACGACAAGGUGGUGGUGGAGGACGCACGAGUGGAAGAGCCCCAGGAAGAGAUUAG